GAUGGCGGCCGCCGGGCGGCUGUGCGCCCUGUUGUGCCUGGCGCUGGCGGCCGGCGCGGCCGCGCUGGGGAAGCGGAGCCCAGUGAAGGUGCUGUCGGACGGCAUGUGGCGGGAGCUGCUGCAGGGCGAGUGGAUGGUGGAGUUCUAUGCCCCUUGGUGCCCCGCCUGCCAGAACCUGCAGCCGGAGUGGGAGAAGUUUGCCGAGUGGGGCGAGGACCUGGAAGUGAAUAUUGCCAAAGUGGAUGUCACGGAGCAGCCGGGAUUAAGUGGGCGAUUUAUCAUAACAGCUCUUCCUACCAUCUAUCACUGUAAAGAUGGAGAGUUCAGGAGAUACCAGGGUGCAAGAACUAAAACUGAUUUCAUAAAUUUCAUCAGUGACCAGGAAUGGAAAUCUAUUGAACCGGUUUCAUCAUGGUUUGGUCCUUCCUCUUUCCUGAUGAGCAGUAUGUCAGCUUUGUUUCAGUUGUCAAUGUGGAUCAGGCAUUGCCAUGGCUAUUUAACAGAAAAUGUCGGGAUACCAGCCUGGGGCUCAUACGCUGUUUUUGCAUUGGCAACUCUAUUCUCAGGACUAAUACUGGGACUUAUAAUGGUGUUCUUAGCAGACUGUAUCUGUCCAUCCAAAAGGCACAGACCACCACAGUACCCUCAUUCAAGAAAGCUAGCUCCUGAGUCAGCUCAGCUGCUGAAAAAGCUGGAUGAAGAGCAAGAAGCAGAUGAGGAAGAUAUCUCAGAUGAUGAAACAGAGGGUAAAGAGAUGUCCAACAGAAACUCGUCACCAAACACUGUAAGGCAGCGCCCAGUGAACCCUGCUGCUACAAUGGAUAAAUCUUAGGUUUGUUUGCAUGCAGGAUUAGUGUUUGAGUCACCAACUCAAAAGGAGAUAAAUGUCAAAUCCUUCAGGUUCAAGAGAAGAAUGACUCCUGUCAUGGUAAUAUUGAUGCAUUUUUUUGAAUUUAGAAAAAAAAAAAGAAAGCAUCUUUGGCAUAAGGUAUUCAAAACUAAAACAUGCUGUUGCAAAUGGCUGAAACUUCUCCUGUCUGUGUGCAGAGAAGUACCAAGAAAUAAUUUGUGGCUUCCUGAAUCACUUGUUCUAUAGGGAUUAUUUUUUUUAACAGAAUGUAAACCAGUGUACUUGUUGCAUUAGGGAACAUUAGCAAGGAAAAUGCACUAACCUGUUUGCUGUUAAAGCAUUCAAAAAGAUUUCUCAAUAUAUAUCUUACCUAGUUGUGCUCUGAAGAAAUGCUGAGGGGAAAAGUUCCUUCAGUUAUUAAGGGACACGGUCCAGGCUUUUUAUGUGACAAGAACUUCUGCUUUGUGCUAUGACAAUGAGUGCUACAAAACCCCCAGUCUUUCUUCUUCCAAAGAGAUGAAAGUUGCUAUCGUCAUUCAGAGGAACAGAAGCUGCCCUCUGAACAAAAGCUAGAGAGCUUGUCUUUGCCAUCCUCCCAGAUGGAAGUUACCACAAGCACUGUGUAGUGUGGAUUCUCUGGCUGACCAGAAGCCUGCUAUUUGCAUCAAUUUCUUUUAGAAAAGGCUGUAGAAAAUAGUGUGUGCUUCUUGGCGAAGUAAUUCUUCUCCAGAAAAAAAAUUACAAAUAGCACCAUGAAGUCUUGUUUGUCUCAAUGACUCUGAUUCAGAUGGGAAUAGUUUACAUGCAGGGUUCUCUGCUGAGUGUAGAUCCUAUCCGUUCAUCCUGCUGGAUGGCAGUAGGACUCUGCUUAUUUUUAAUACAUUGUCAGUGAUUUCUGCUUAAUCAAAUUUUACUGCAAGUCCAGUCAGGCUGUACCUGGUCUGAAGUUGAAAUAACUGCUUCUUAAUUUCUUUUACAGAAAGUCAUCUUUUCUGUUUUGACAAAACCAUCUUGAAACAAUUAUCCUAAUUCUUUCUUUAAACAACUGUAGUCUACUGUUUUCUGUAUGGUAUUUGUUUUCACUCUGUGUAGAAAUAAAAAGAAUGCACGUGCGCAUUGGACCACUGUUAUCUUGCAUCGCUUGUAAAGAACUUUCCCUAUUCUUUCAGUUACUUUCCAAAAUAUUUGCAAGGGAGGGGUUAGCCUAAUGAUGAGCAU